AAAAAAUGGGCACCUUGACGUCAUCAUCAUCAUCCGAGCCUCAAUCUCCACUAUUGCCCCUACAACACCACCACAAUGUGAAUUCGCCGUCCGCCACCGCCGUCGAUCCCACCACCACCGAUCCGCCGCCGCCACGGUCGUCCCUACCGGCUGUUGACCACCACUACAACAACGUGAGCAGAGAUCCCACUUGUACAGAAUGUUCGAUCACGAUUCUCCUAUUUGCUCUUUUUUUCGGCGGUCUCUGGACUGUAUUAUCAUAUGGCGAAUCCAAACCAUACUCCCCUUCUGCCGACGUGAUUUCGGCCUUCGUGUCAAUCGAGAAGAACAACGGUUCCACUGGUCAUGCGGGCAGGUUACUGACGGCCAAUUGGGCCGUCACUCUUCAUCUCGAUAGCUCCACUUUUUGCUGUCAGGCGGUUCAUCCGUACCGAAUCGAGGCUUCCGUUUUUCAGGCCGACGGCAACGACUCCUCAUCGUCGUCAUCAGCAGGCGGUGGUGGCCAGCAAUAUCUGCUCGCUUCGACUCGGCGGUUCACGGGUUCGACCGCCAAAUCGGGGCAGGACCACACCACAUUUUCGAUUCAAUUGAGAGCGGAAGAAGCAGAUGUUGGGGAACACGCGGUGGCCAAUGUCAUGGAAGCGGUGGAGGAGAAUCGGUUGCGGUUCAAUUUAUUGGUUCUGGUUUGGGUACGGGUUAACGAUCGGUAUUAUUUAGCGCGAAUCGGUUGCGAUCCGGUUUGGAUCGAAUCUUCCAGUAUCACAGGCAAUGAGUUCCGGAAGAAUACAAAGAAAUGCCAAGUACAAGUGACUUCACAAACCAAACCAAUGUCUUGAGAUUAGAAGCUCCAAAGUUACAUAACGGUUUUUUCUUGCUACAUAUUUUAUCUUAUUGUGAAAUUUUGUAAGAAAUGAAGCUAUAUGCGGAAGAAGAUUUGAUGUAAUGGGGCAGAAUAGUUGUGUGGAAGAAUUAGGGUUGCGUCUGAACAAUUUGUUUUAAUUGUAUUUGUCAACCAAUAUCUAACACACACAUGACAUUCUAAAUUAUCCUUCUUAAUCACUACACCCUUGGAC